GAGCAACACACACACUCAGAGAGAGGGAGAGAGAGAGAAAGACGGACAGAGAGGAGACACAAAGCAAGGAAUAACACCAGAAAAGAGAUGCCACAGUGGGACGCAGCAAAACCACCCCCCAGCCGAAGUCCAAAGUCUCCCGAUAUCAAACAGACAUCAAAAGGUGUGCAAAGGGAUAAAUGCCCCAACAUCAGGAAUAAGGCCAGUUCGUCACUGUAGCAACGGAACUUGGGGAAAAAGCCACAGCAACUUGCCUGACGCCCUCAACCAAGGGUGGACGCAGAUCCCAGCCUCUGGACGCAGCUGCUCCUUUGACACCCAAGUGGAACUCGACAAAACCUAAGGGUUUAGAGGUUGUUGCAGGGUGUACAAAAUUCUUCCAGUCAGCCGUGACCCGCCACGGUCAGCACCUGAGGCUGACAGAGAAGCUGAGCAGCUUCUUUGGCAACAUGGUGGUGGGUGUUGGGCUCAUGCAAUCAAGGAGACUCUCGGUCAUCAUGUCACCCGUCCUGCUAACCUCGCUGGUGGUGCUCCUGUGGCCUCCGCUUGGGGGUUCCAGCCCCAUCACAGCGCCUAAGAGGCAUCGCCCAGCGCCCGGGCUGGAUGAUGGGCGUGGGGGUGUGGUGGACCCCUCGCUCCUGGAGCAGGACAGCGAGGUGGACGUGCAGAAGCUGCUGGAGACGCUGAAAGGGCAGUUCCUCCGCACGUUCAACCUGUCAGGGCUGGGACUGCUUCCGCAACCGGGCACCGAGCGCAUGGAGCCUCCCGAGUACAUGAUGGAGCUGUACAACCGCUUCGCCAAUGACCGCACAGCCAUGCCCACUGCCAACAUCAUCCGCAGCUUCAAAAAUGAAGACUCCUCCCUGUGCAUUGUGGGUCCACGAGGUGUGAGAAUACACCCGCUGCUGUUCAACGUGUCCUUACCCCACCACGAACGAGUUACAGCAGCCGAGCUUCGCCUCUACACCCUCGUCCAGACCGACCGCCACCUCUACACUGGUGUUGACCGCAAGGUGACUGUGUAUGGGGUGGAACAGCGCUACCCUGACAACAGCAAUGCUGGUGGUGAUGGCGGUGAGGGUGAGGCCAGACGGGACACCCUGGAGGUUAGGCCAGAUGCUGGGUCCAAGGAGCCAACGGAGCUGGUGGAGCUGGCGUCACGGCAGGUGUACGGCAUGGAUGACGGCUGGGAGUCGUUUGACAUGACUGCCGCUGUGCACCGCUGGCGAAAAUCAGGCUUUGGCACCACCCACAGGCUGGAGGUGCACAUCGAGAGCCUCGACGCGGACGCGGACAAAGACGUAGAGGGAGAGCCUACGGAGACGGAAGGCAAGCGGAGUGGAUCGGUCGGUGGCACAGGAAACAUGGAGAUCGAGACCAGCCAGGAGGACCGGCACAGGCCGCUGAUGAUCGUCUUCUCUGACGACCAGAGCGGAGACCACCGCGGUGACCGGCGCGAGCUGAACGAGAUGAUCAGCCACGAGGACGUGGGCGCGGGCCUCCAGGACAACCUGAAGCAGGGCUUGAACGGGCUGCUGGAGGACCUGGGUGAGAUGGGCCUGGGGGCCACAGCAGAGGGAGACGACAGCACUGACAACGAGCCCGACGAGGAGGCGCUUAUGCAGAUGCGCUCCAACCUCAUCUACGACACCUCCUCCCGCAUUCGUCGCAACGCCAAGGGCAAUCACUGCAAGAAGAACUCCCUCUACGUGGAGUUCAAAGACAUCGGCUGGGACAGCUGGAUCCUGGCGCCCAACGGCUACGAGGCCUACGAGUGCACGGGCGUCUGCUCGUUCCCCCUCACGCCACACGUCAAGCCCACCAAGCACGCCCUGGUUCAAACGUUGGUGAACAUGAAGAGCCCGCAGAAGGUGGCACCAGCAUGUUGUGUGCCCACUAAGCUAGACCCCAUCUCCCUUCUCUAUCUGGAUGAUGCUGGGGUGGUCACCUACAAAUACAAGUUUGAGGGCAUGGUGGUAGCAGAGUGUGGUUGUCGAUAGUUGAGAGAACACAGGACUUUUAAAAUGUCUUAGCCCCGUGAGAAACCCAACUUAGAUGACCUAGGAUGUACAUAACCAAGUCACCAGUAGAGCGUCGAGCAAACAAAGCAUGAAACGUGCAAAUUUGAGACAGAGUAGGCAAAAACACUUAAGCUAGAGACAUCAGCCAGUAUUUAUAUUUGUGUACAGUUCGAUCAAACGUUUAGUAUUUGUACAAUGUGUAUAUUUGGUAUUUCAAGACAGAGAUUAUUUUAUCAUGCCAUGUACAGAACAUUUUCUAAUCAUCUGCUAAAUGUGAAUGAAAUAGCAAACUGUAAAAAAAAAAGGAAAGUAGUUUAUUUCUCUGACACAUUCUCAUGACUUUUUCUGGUUGGUUUAUGAGUAACAGAGGGGGGCCUGAAGAAUCAUUCAGAAACCAAAUGUUCUCAGACAUGAGCCAAAUUGAAUGGGAACAGGCCAAGGAAGAAAAAACAAACAAAAAAAACGCCUUCCAACAUGAAUCAGAGAUCAUAUCUGGGGGGCAUGUAAAAUUCCUUUCUGCAUUGCUGACGUCACUGUCAGCAAGAAACUCUCGUGUUGCGUGUCUCUUUAAGUGGGUGUUCCUCUGGAAUGGCAGCCCAGUGGAGUGGGUCUCAUAAACUCCAACACCAAGGGGUCCUAAAUGUGACCUCUGGGACGACAAGGCAUGUGAAGAGGAUACAAGCAUGUGAAACUGAGUGGAUUAAACACGGGAGAGGGGGAACUUGAAAGGAGCAAAGACAUUGCGAAACAUCAAAUUCACUAUUGACAGUCUGGAUAAAAGACAACAAAACAGCCGAUGCCUGCAAAAGUUUGUUUCAACAGAGAGAUUUUCUCUGGAGGAAGCUGCCUCACCCAGUUAAAAAAGAAACUAUAAUGGCAUUCCUAGGGUCACUGAGGAAUCUCCAUAGUCAGUCUGAA